ACUUCAAUACCAUGAUUUUUUACGUAGAUGCUUUAACUGUUAACACUAUUUAGAUAUCUGAUGGAAGACUGGUAAUUAAAUUGAAUAACAAUAAGUAUAAAAUACAAAACUUUUUUGGUUAGUCCUACAUUUUAACUUAAGGCUUUUAAAGUAUCUUUACCUUAAAGAGUUAUUUAAAAAAUGAAGCUUUUGAUCGCUUUAGCAAUCAUUGGAGUCAUUGCAGCUGAAACAGUUCCAGCGAAACAAAAAUCUCCCAUUAAUGAGUGUUUUCAAACUUUUUACGGAUGUGUAACAUCAACCACAACGUCAUGGAAACAAAAAGCUAAGUGCUUUGUUGAUGUCGGGAACUGUUUAUACAAUCUUUGCCCUUCUAAAGAUUGUCUUAACAAAGCCAAAGAAUGCUACAUGAAGGCCGCUUCUUACGACGAUUUUAUGGCUUGCAACAAUGACUUAAAAACUUGUUUUACUAAAGAUUGUAAACUCUUUUUAUGAGAAGUUUUUUGUUUAAUUUUUAUUGCAAUUAAACUAAAAUCAAA